AUGUGGCCUAGCGCCAGCCCGCAAUUGGCCGUAUCCACCCACCGUGCAGGGAUCCUCGAGCAUUCGUCCCCACUGCCCUCUCUACCCUUCACCUCGCCCACCGUGAAGCUGGAUUCCUACGAGCACCCGCCACCCCUCUCCCACUCGCCGCGCGAAUCCACCGCAGCGAGCACGCCCAUCUCCACGCCUGUCGAGCAGCCCGCAUCGCCGCAAUUUGGGCGUGGGAACAAGGACCCGAGCGCCGGCCUCCACCACCUCUGGCACCGCAAGCCCACGGAGCUUGUGGCCCGCCGCCAGCCCGACGAGGACGUGCUAUUCGAAGACGCGGGCGACUGCAGCUUCCCCCUCUUCCCUGAGGAGCCGCAAGUUCACAGCGGCUUCGCAGACAUGGCCACCGCCUCGCCCAUCGACAUCCAGACGCCCCCGCGCUAUGGCUCCAACUCGCCCCAGAACCAGACGUCCAACCUGACGUCGGCUCUACGCCAGGCCGAGGCUCAGCCCGACAUGGCCACGACGCCCGGUCUGCUCAACCCGAACAACUUCGAGUUCAACAAUGGCCGCCCGAGCAUAGGCGAGCGCCACCCCUCCAUCAGCAUGCUCGGCUCUUCUUUCUACGGCAACAGCGGCGCCCGCCCCAUCACCAUGAAGGACCGUGGGCGUCGCGAAAGCACCAACAUGGGUAGCUUCGCAGGUGGCAUGAGCUGGGGCGGCCACUCGGUCGGGUCUUGGAUCCGCGACGACAUCAUGAUGGGUACCUCACCCGCGCCCUUUGUGCAGAACUCGCCCUCCUUCCACUCGUCGUCCUACCUGCCCAAGAUGGAAGCCGCCUUCAUGAAGGACUUCACAUGCUGCGGCCUCACCCUCGCCUCCCUGCACGACCUCCUGCAGCACUUCGAGGAGACGCACGCCAACGCACCGGCCGCCCGCCCACAGCAGCAGCAGCAGCCGCAGAACGGCUUCACAGCCACAUCCGGUGCCCCCACCAGCUCCAUUGCACCGAGCCAGACACAGGGCGACCCGGCCUUCAACACACAGAACGGCUUCCAGUCGCGCUCCGGCUCAAUAGGCGCGCCCCGCCAGCGCAUCGGCUCUGUCAGCCGCUCCAACUUGUCGACUGUGCAGGACAUGGACACGCUGGACGACAUGGACAUGGACGACAUCAACUUCGACAACCUCGGCCCCAUUGAGGAGCAGCAGAACAUGCAGCAAUUCCCCGUCCAGAACCAGUUCAACCAGAACCAGAACCAGCAGCCCCAGCUCAACGUCAACGUCAACCUCGCCAACAACAUGCAAAAUCACCAGGGCAUGCGCACAUCGACACCCACCACCCCGUCUGCCUCGCAGCAGUUCAACCUCCAGAACAACCCCACCGUCUCGUCGGUCAACACCCCCACAAUGGGCACCAUGCCAAUGCAAAACCACAACCUGACAUCGCCCGAAUCUUCACACCCGGGCACUCCGGCUGAGCUCGACAUGGACUUUGGCGGUUUCAACCCAAUGAUGGGCAUGGACAUGAACAUGAACAUGGGCAUGAACUUCGCCAACGGCAACGGCAACUUUGGCAUGGGCGCAUUCGACAACAACGGCACAAUCGACCAGCCCGGCAAGCGUCUCUUCAGCAAGCAGGGCGGCGGUCUGAACCAGGCCCAGCUGCAAGCUGCGCUCAAGAACUACCAGCUCAGCGGAAACGACCAGAGUGAGAUGGCCAGGAGAUUACGGGAGCAGCAGCUCAUCAACGGCGCAAGCAUACCCCAAUUCCCCUUCCCCGAGGAGGUCAAGCCAUUCCGGUGCCCAGUCAUUGGUUGCGAGAAGGCAUACAAGAACCAGAACGGUCUCAAGUACCACAAGCAGCACGGUCACCAGAACCAGCAACUCAAAGAGAACGACGACGGUACCUUUUCGAUUGUCGACCCUCUCACAUCCAUUCCCUACCCGGGAACUGUCGGCAUGGAGAAGGAGAAGCCAUACCGCUGCGAAGUCUGCGGCAAGCGAUACAAGAACCUCAACGGUCUUAAGUACCACCGCUCCCACGCCCCCCACUGCAACCCUGAGUUGGCGAUGCAGAAGCUUGGUCUCACCUCAAAUUUGCAAAAUCUCCAGAACGCGAAUGUCGCUGGUGCUGGAAUGGGCAUCGACCCCUCCAUGUUCUAG